AUGGCUAGAGAUUUCCUCGCUAUCCCUGUGAGCACAGUGUCCUCAGAGUCUGCAUUUAGUGCUGCUGGAAGAAUCCUUGGUAAAGAUAGGACUUCACUCUCCCCUGAAACUCUUGAAGCCCUAAUUUGUACUAAAGAUUGGUUGAUUGGGUUCAAUGAUGAAGAGGAAGGCGAACCAAUGAGUGGAAAAAGGAUGUUCGGUUCAGAUGAUGAUGAAGAUGAUGAGUUACUUGGUCGUGUGAGGGCAUUUGAUCGGCAUUGCAACAUGGUUCUGGAGAAUGUUAGGGAGAUGUGGACUGAGAUACCAAAGACUGGUAAAGGCAAGAAGAAGGCUCUUCCGGUGAACAAAGACAGGUUCAUAAGCAAGAUGUUCCUCCGUGGGGAUUCAGUCAUCAUUGUUCUCAGGGACCUGAAAUGA